AUGGGGAGGCGCUGCUGGCCGCGGCGCGCCCUGGCCGCCGCGUGUCUGGGUGCCGCGCUCCUACUCCUGGGCGCCGCGCCCCGCGCCCUGAGCCCGGCAUUUGAAAACAGCUUGGGCUCUGGCUGGCUUGGUGGGAAGAGGAGGAGUCCCCUGCAGAUGCUUUAUGACUUGGACCAGGGCCCGCGGUCCGCCUUGGCCGAAGUGCACCGGCAGCGGCGGGACCUGCUGCGUCGCGCCUGCAGUCGCCAUACGCGCCGGCAGCGCCUGCUGGGGCCCGAGGACCUGCGGCACGUGCUGGUGGACGACGCGCACGGCCUGCUCUACUGCUAUGUGCCCAAGGUGGCCUGCACCAACUGGAAGCGCGUGCUGCUGGCGCUGAGCGGCCGCGCCCGAGGCGACCCGCUUGCAAUCCCCGCGCACGAGGCUCACGCGCCGGGCCGCCUGCCCUCACUGGCCGACUUCAGCCCGGCCGAGAUCAACCGGCGGCUGCGUGCCUACCUGGCCGUCCUCUUCGUGCGCGAGCCCUUUGAGCGCCUGGCGUCGGCCUAUCGCAACAAGUUCGCGCGGCCCUACAGCGCGGCCUUCCAGCAGCGCUACGGCACGCGCAUUGUGCGGCGCCUAAGGCCGCGUGCGCACCCCGACGCGCUGGCGCGCGGCCACGACGUGCGCUUCGCAGAGUUCCUGGCCUACCUGCUGGACCCGCGCACGCGCCGCGAGGAGCCCUUCAACGAGCACUGGGAGCGCGCGCACGCCCUCUGCCACCCGUGCCGCCUGCGCUACGACGUGGUGGGCAAGUUCGAGACGCUGGCGGAGGACGCGGCCUUCGUGCUGGGCCUGGUGGGCGCGUCUGGCCUGCGCUUCCCAGCGCCCCCGCCCCGGGCCAAGGGGGCUGCCGCCCGCGACCUGGCCGAGCGCCUCUUCCGGGACAUCAGCCCCUUCUACCAGCGGCGCCUCUUCGACCUCUACAGGAUGGACUUCUUGCUCUUCAACUACUCUGCCCCUUCCUACCUGCGGCUGCACUAGGCCGUGGAGCCUCC